GGUGGUCAGUUGGAAGUUAAGGGAUUUGUUUUAUUUUGUCAUGAUACAAAAUGGGUAACAAGUUGGUUACUUUUACUGACCAACAGCUUGAAAAUUAUCAGGAUUGUACGUUUUUUACAAGAAAAGAUAUUUUAAGGGUUUAUAAGAGAUUUCGUGAGGUGAGGCCGGACUUGGUGCCAAAACGUAUGAAGCAAAAUGAACCUAUUACAGUGAAGAUUCCACUUGCAGAUAGUAUAGAAAAAUUAACUGAAUUAAGGGAGAAUCCUUUCAGAAAACGCAUUUGUGAAGUAUUUUCAAGGGAUGGAAAAGGAAAUCUCUCUUUCGAGGAUUUUUUAGAUUUACUAUCAGUUUUUAGCGAGCAAGCGCCGAGGGACAUUAAGGUUUUUUACGCGUUUAAAAUAUAUGAUUUUGACAGCGACCAACAUAUAGGACCAAAUGAUAUUGAUCAGGCCUUAGCACUAUUGACUAGGCAAGAAUUGAUGCCAGAGGAAAAACAACAGAUAAUCGAGAAAGUCAUAGAAGAGGCCGAUGUCGACGGGGACGGCAAACUGUCAUACAUGGAAUUCGAUCAUGUUAUAACCAGAGCGCCGGAUUUUCUCUCAACCUUCCAUAUCCGUAUUUAAAUUUAAUUCAAAUCAAAAUUCUUUACCUCUAUUGUUGUCAUUGCCAUUUUAUCAGUGCCUUACGCUCCCAAUAAAAUUUCGUUUUUAA